UACCACUUCCAAUAGCACCGUCCUUUCACCCAAUUGCCACCAAACUCACUCCCCCUUUUCCAAACAACACACAACCACCUCAGCAAUCUCCCAAAACCAUUUUCGAUAUUUCAUCGGGAACGAGAACACCCUCUCCUCACAUCCACCACCACCAAACUCUCCCUCUGUUUCUCAUGGCUCUCUCCUCUCUCUUCUCCCUAAAAUCCCUCGCCGUCCUGGUGGUCCUGAUGGCCAUUCCCUUAGGCAUCAUCGUAUCCCUCGAACGAGCCCAACCGUCAACCCACGUGUACAACUACCACGGCACUGGAGGGUGGCUGAGGGAGUGCGCCAAGUGGGACCCAACUAAUCGUCGCUUCAUAGUCUCGUUCUUCGAAGGCGGUGUAGGCGAGGUUCGGGUGCCGGAAGAGGCGGAGAAGGAGGUUCUGUUGGAGGAGGUGACGACGGUGAUGGAAGUGAAUUUGUCCGGAAACUCGUCCCUUGGAAUCUCGGUCGACACGCAGAGGAACCGGGUUCUCGUUGUUCACGCCGAUGUGUUUGGAAACCGGUAUAGUGCACUCUCCGCAUAUGAUUUGUCCACGUGGCAGAGGCUCUUUCUUACACAACUCAGCGGUCCAAGUGACGAGAAAUCUUUUGCCGAUGAUGUUGAUGUUGAUGCAGAAGGCAAUGCAUAUGUCACUGAUGCAAAAGCCGGCAAAAUAUGGAAGGUUGGGGUGGAAGGGAACCUCAUAACGAUUAUAAGAAACCCUCUCUUCACCCCAAAAGAAUGGUACAAGAAAUUCGUAGCCCUAAACGGAAUUGUUUACCACCCAGAUGGGUUCCUGAUUGUGAUUCACACUUUCAGUGGCAACUUGUUCAAGAUUGAUUUGACAAAAGGUGAGGAAGUGAAGGUGAUUAAGGUAGCCGGAGGACCCCUAUAUUUCGGAGACGGUUUAGCGCUGUUGUCUCCUACUAAAUUGGUAGUUGCUGGGAAUCCUUCUGGAAGAUUAGUUGCGAGCAAAGAUGGGUGGGAAACUGCUGCUGUUGUGUCGAAAUUCUCAGGGCCUAUGCAUCGCUUGGCAACUUCAGCUACUGUUAAGGAUGGGAAGCCGUAUUUAAACCACAUGAUUGGAAUUGGUUACCCCAAAAAGAAGUUUGCUAUUGUAGAAGCAGUUUUUUAAGAGAAUGUUUUUUUUCUGUUUUUCUGAAUUUAAAAGAGUCAGGGUGACAGAAUCAGAGUUAAGGGGGAAUUUGUGCUGUCUGAUGGGUUUGAUUUUGUAACAUAUCUUCUCCUUAAUAUCAACACCUAUCUGUAUCUCAAGUGGCCUGAGGAUGUUUCUAUGUUAUGGCGAGUGGAUCACAAGGCCUUUCUUCUGGGUUUCUUUAGGCCAUAUUGCAUCGAAGGAAUGUGGAACUGAAAAUUUAAAUUAAAAAAUAAAUGUGAUUUGACUA